AUUGCAGUUCCGGGUUUCACAACACGAAUGCGUCACCGUUGAAUGCACGUGUUACAGAACUCCCCACAUCCUCCUCACGAUAUAAACCCACUGUCUGUAGUAGGCUAUAUAAAAGGCAAAGAGUCGACAGCAUACUACAGUCAGAACCAUGCAUCACUUCUCAGAAUUAGUCGCUUUUCUUGUAAUAUUAGCUGUGGCGGAGGGAGCGCGGCGCGAGGUUCGAUUCUUCAGUGGUGAGGACGCAGUCUUAAGUUGUGCGGCGAAAUCAAAGCCCGACGUCCAGUACCGUUCCGUCAUAUGGUACAAGGUUUCUGGAGAGCCUUCCCAGCUGUUAUCUGGACUUGUAAGGAAGAAACUAAUUGAAAACAAUGGCACAGUGGAAAAAUAUAGAAGUGUCGAACGAGAGGUCGAGCUGCUUGAGAGCUCAAUGAGCCUUCUUCUGACUAAUGUAACUGCAGAGGACAGUGGGAUAUACAAAUGCUUUCUGUCUGCUCCCCUUGGCCAUCAGAACCAAGAAGGUGAAAUCGUUCUGAAAGUCGAUGAGGAUGGUACAGUUGAGAAAAUUCUAGUAUUUAAUAUAAGUGAUACAAUUUAUGGAGUUCUGGCUGUCCUAGUACUCAUUAUUGCAUUCCUGAUGUUCUGCAUAAGCUAUGUUUGUUUAAGGAAUGUUUUUCUAAGCAACAAGAAGCUUUUAAAAGACUCUUUGCUGAAAAUACAACAUCAAGAGAAGAACUUGAUUGUACCCGAACAUUUGAUUUGCAAGACUAUGCCUGAAGUGUAUGUGUGAUGGUAACUCGAGUACAUGGAUUAUGGCUCAGUAGAAGUUAAAUGAAGCAUUGUGCACAGGACAUGGAGAGUCCACAGAGCUUGUGCUGAAGAGCACCAUCGGCUGAAUCACAGGAUGUAGCAGCCUACUGCAUAAGAGAGUCAAGGUGCAAAGAGUGACAGAAGCAUGCACAAAGGAUUCAACAUCAUUUUGCAUUAUCUUUUGAAAACUGAAUUUUUACACAAUGAAACAGUAAGACCAAGAUCAUUUAUUUGUUUCGGUGUUAAAAUUGUGCAUGCUUCAUUAAUGUUGGUGAACACAGUGGAAGUGGAGGAGGACAGUGUUUGGAUGGAGUUAUGCUCAGAGAUCAACGUUUGUCAGGCACGCCUUCAGGUUUUCCACCAAAGAAAGGAGAUGAUAGUUCUCAGAUUAUAGCUAGGCGAAUAACACUUUCAAAUUCUUUUUUGAAAUUCUUUUUUUCAAUGUUAUCAUUCUAAUAGAAAAACAAACAAUAAAAAACUACCUCAUAAAAUA